AGAGGGAGGAAAGAUGGCGGCGGCCGAGUCCGACAGAGAUCCACCGUCUGCUUUAUGUUCGGAAUUUCUCAAUUUCUCCGCCAAAGACACCGCGUCGCGGUGGCUGUCGGCGGCCAACCUGCAGCAGGAGGUGUAUCGUCACCUGGCCGUGUAUGUACCCAGAAUCCUUUGCCUGGGUCCAAGCGGCGGCAGCAGCAGCAGGGAGGACCAUAGAGAGGAGCAGAGGGAGGAGCAGAGGGAGGAGCUGGCUUGUCAGCUGCUCCUCCUGGCUCCUCUGGAGUGGCUCCUGCUGGGCGAGGAGCCAGCAGCCGGCCUGGCUCAGCUACAGGAGAACAACCAGCCGUCACCACUGUGUGGUCACGUGUUCAAAGUGGGGGAGCCCACCUACUCCUGCAGGGAGUGUGCAGCUGAUCCCACAUGUGUUCUGUGCAUGCAGUGUUUCCUGGGCAGUGUUCACAAAGAGCAUCGAUACAGGAUGACUACGUCAGGAGGUGGAGGUUUCUGUGACUGUGGAGAUGCUGAAGCCUGGAAGAAGGGUCCUUACUGCCAGAAACACACACCUACAGACAACAAUAGAGACACAGAGGAGGACCCCGUAGCCCAGCUCCCAGCUGACAUGGUUGCCCGUGGUUACAGCAUUUUCUCCAUCAUCCUGAAGUAUGCUGUGGACCUGCUGACCUGGGAACAGGAGGACCAGCUACCUGCAGGACUGGAGCCACUGGAGAGAGGAGACACCUACUACUGCAUGUUGUUUAAUGAUGAAGUCCACACGUAUGAGCAGGUGAUCUACACUCUGCAGAAAGCCGUCAACUGCAGCCAGAAAGAAGCCGUCAGCUUCGCCACCACUGUUGACAGAGAUGGCAGGAAGUCGGUUCGAUAUGGAGAUUUCCAGUUCUGCGAACAGGCCAAGUCUGUGAUAGUGAGGAACACCAGUCGUCAGUCAAAACCUCUCAGGGUCCAGGUGAUGCACUCGUCUGUUGUUGCUCAUCAGUGUUUUGCUCUGAAGGCCCUGAGCUGGUUGGGGCAGAUCAUUCAGUACUCUGACGGUCUGAGGAGGAUCCUGUGUCAGGUCGGCCUCCAGAAAGGUCCAGAAGGAGAAAACUCCUCACUGGUCGACCAACUGAUGCUCAACGACUCCAAGAUGUGGAAAGGAGCGAGGAACAUCUACCACCAGCUGCUGAUGAACAGCCUCCUCAUGGACCUCAAGUACAAGAAGAUCUUUGCCAUCCAGUUUGCCAAGAACUACAGACGCCUCCAGACAGAUUUUAUGGAGGACGACCACGAGCGAGUGGUGUCAGUGACCUCGCUGUCUGUUCAGCUCUUCACUGUCCCGACCAUGGCUCGUAUGCUGAUGGUGGAGGAGAACCUGAUGACCACCAUCAUCAGGACGUUUGUGGAUCACCUCCGUCACAGAGACCUGCAGGGGCGCUUCCAGUUCGACCGCUACACUGCCCAGCAGGCCUUCAAGUUCGGACGAGUUCAGAGCCUCAUUGGAGACCUCAAGUAUGUCCUGAUCAGUCGUCCCUCUGAGUGGAGCGAUCAGCUCAGACUGAAGUUUCUAGAAGGUCUCGACGCUUUUCUGGAGCUGCUCAAGUGUAUGCAGGGUAUGGACCCGGUGGUGAGACAGGUGGGGCAGCACAUAGAGAUGGAGCCUGAGUGGGAGGCAGCGUUCACUCUGCAGAUGAAACUGACUCACAUCAUCUCCAUGAUCCAGGAGUGGUGCUCCGCUGAUGAGCACGUAUUGAUCGAGGCCUACAGGAAGUGUCUAAGCGCACUCAGUCACUGUCACAGUGGCCUGCCAGAUGGUGAGCAGCCAAUCAGCUUGAGCCUGGCCGGCCACUGUGUGGAGACGUUCAGGUACCAGGUGUCUCAGGACAAAGUGUCCAUACACCUGCCGGUCUGCAGGCUGCUGGCAGGUCUCCAUGUUCUACUCAGCAGGACAGAAGUUGCCUCUCGUUUCCCUGAACAGCUGCCUCUGGGUGAACUCAGCCCCCCCAUCCUAAUCGAACUCCCCCUCCGCUGCCUGGUACUGUGUGCCCAGGUGCAUGCUGGGAUGUGGAGAAGGAAUGGCUUUUCCCUGAUUAACCAGAUCUAUUAUUACCACAACGUGAAGUGCAGAGUGGAGAUGUUCGACAAAGACAUCAUCAUGCUGCAGGCGGGGGCAUCCAUGAUGGAUCCAAACCACUUCCUGAUGAUAGUUCUGAGUCGAUUCGAACUGUUUCACAUUUUCAGUUCCGCGGACGUCAGGAAGAGAUACAGAGAGGCCAACAAGGAUGUGGUCCAGCAGAACAACACUCUGAUCGAAGAGAUGCUUCACCUCAUCAUCAUGGUCGUCGGUGAGCGGUACGUGGCAGGUGUUGGACAGGUGGAGCCCUUUGAUGAGGUCAGAAGAGAAAUCAUCCACCAGCUGUCGAUCAGACCGAUGGCUCACAGUGAGCUGGUGAAGGCUCUCCCAGAGAACGGGAAUAAAGAGACCGGUCUGGAGAGAGUCAUCGACAGCGUGGCUUCAUUCAAGAAGCCAGGUGUGACAGGUCGAGGUCUGUAUGAACUGCGUCCUGAGUGGAACAAAUACUUCAACCUGUACUUCCAUCACUACAGCAGAGCUGACCAGUCCAAGGCUGAGGAGGCUCAGAGGAAGCUGAGGAGACAGAACGGAGAGGACACAGCCCUGCCUCCCCCUCCCCCUCCCCCCCUCUGUCCUCUGUUUGGCAGUCUGGUGAACCUGCUGCAGUGUGACGUGCUGCUGGCUGUAGAGGGCGCUGUGCUGCAGUGGGCUGUGGAGCCCAGCGGGGGGGGUUGGACUGAGUCCAUGCUGCAGAGGGUGCUCCACCUGGUGGGCAUGGCUCUGCUAGAGGAGAAGCAACAGCUGGAGAGCAGCAGCGGAGACGAAGACGUCACCUACAACUACACCUGCAAGAUCACACGUCCCGGUGAAGCUCCCAGUACUUCAGGAAGUGUCCUAGCUUUGUUGGAGAGUCUGCAGAAUGCUCCUCACUUGGAAGUCCACAAAGACAUGAUCACCUGGAUCCUCAAGAUGGUGGCAAACAUCAAAACGAUGCGAGAAAGAACGUCCUCCACGUCCAUCAUCACCACCAGCCCAGGACAAGGACCGGAGGAGACGGUGAGAGACAAAGACAAGGCGGAGAGGAAGAGGAAGGCAGAGAUGGCUCGGCUCCGGAGGGAGAAGAUCAUGGCUCAGAUGUCAGAGAUGCAGAAACAUUUUAUCAACGAGAACAAAGAACUUUUUCAACAAAGUCUGGAGGAGCUGGAGGCCUCUACAUCUGCUGCUGCUGAGAACAGUCCCCCCAGUUUGGUGCCAACCUGUCUUUCACAGGUGUGUGUUGGUCCCAGGAGGGUGGGCGGGGCUGAGCGUCGUCAGCUGGUGACCUGUAUCCUGUGUCAGGAGGAGCAGGAGGUCAGAGGUCAUGGCAGAGCCAUGGUGCUGGCUGCGUUUGUCCAGAGGUCGACCGUUUUGUCCAAAAACCGCCACCGCAACCUGCCCGACCCAGAGCGGCAUGACCCUCUGUUCAUGCACCCUGACCUGUCUCUGGGGAUUCAUACAGCCAGCUGUGGACACAUCAUGCACGCCACCUGCUGGCAGAGGUACUUUGAGGCAGUGCAGUUGAAGGAGCAGAGGCGUCAACAGCGUCUUCGCGGUCACACCAGCUAUGAUGUGGAAAACGGAGAGUUUCUGUGUCCGCUCUGCGAGUGUCUGAGCAACACUGUGAUCCCUCUGCUACCACACACAGUCUCACCUGACCACAGUGUCCAUCAACCCAGUCUAGACACAUGGCUUAAGACAACCAAUCAGCAGAUAGCAGCGCUACACUCCGCACACAGGAAGCAGUCUGACGGUGCAGCAGAGGGGGCGGAGUCUACUGUUCCUGAAGGCUUCAGAGUCGACGUCACUCCACAGAACCCAUUCUCCAGCAGCAUCAGUGAGAUGAUCACCACCUUCAGCAUGUCAACCUACAAGGUGGGACUGAAGGUGAACCCCAACGAGCAGGACCACCGAGUCCCGGUGCUCAGCUGGUCCACCUGUGCCUACACCAUCCAGAGUAUAGAGCGCCUCCUGAUGGACGAGGAGAAGCCCUUGUUUGGAAGUUUACCUUGCCGACAGAACGACUGUCUCAGCUCUUUAACCAGGUUCAGUUCAGCCUGUUGGACUGCAGCUCCACUGAAAACAGUUCACACACACUUCAUCAGACUGUUCGCAGCCCUGGUUCCAGACUCUCAGGUGGAAAACACUCCUUGUAUCCUUGACAUCGACAUGUUUCACCUGCUGGUUUACACUGUGUUGUCCUACAGCUCGGUUCACAGUCUGGACCAAUCAGGACAGAGUGUGGUCGACUCAGCCCACCUCCACCUCCUUCAUCUGGUCACUGUGGCUCACCUGGUUCAGAUCCUGCUCACCUCCACCACAGAGGAGGUGUGUAUGGACCAGGACAGUGGAGGAUCAGAGGAGGAGGAACUCACCUGUCGGCUCUACAACACACUGAGGAAACACCUGGGCAGUGUGUUACCUGAAGUGUCCUCUGGGUGGCAGUUGUGGCAUUGUGUCAAAGCCGGUGUCCUGCCGUUCCUCCGAGCCGCGGCCCUAUUCUUCCACUACCUGAACUCUACGGCGCCGCACGCUGACCUGCUGGUUGCAGGUCCAGGUCAGUGGGAGGCGCUCUGCAGCUACCUCAGUUUGCCCUCCAACUUGCUGCAGCUCCACCAGAGCCAAUACACACUGCUGGAGCCACUCAUAUACAGGUGGUGUUGUCAUCCAGGUGUGAGACAGACAUUGCACGGGGGCAGGGUCAUCGUCAGGUUCCCCAGAGAGUCGAACAGACUGAUUGAGCUGCCGGAAGAUUACAGUGUCCUGAUCAACCAGGCGUCCAGCUUCACGUGUCCGCGGUCAGGUGGAGAUAAGUCUCGUGCUCCCACUCUAUGCUUGGUCUGUGGCUCCAUGUUGUGUUCUCAGAGCUACUGCUGUCAGACGGAGGUGGACGGAGAGGACGUAGGAGCCUGCACUGCCCACACCUUCACCUGUGGAGCCGGCCUUGGACUCUUCCUCAGGGUCAGAGAGAGUCAGGUGUUGUUUGUAGCAGGUAAAACAAAAGGCUGCUUCUAUCCUCCUCCUUACCUGGACGACUACGGAGAGACCGACCAGGGACUCAAGCGGGGGAACCCCCUCCAUCUGUGUUUGGAGCGUUACAAGAAGAUCGAGCGUCUGUGGCGGCAGCACGGCGUCGCCGAGGUCAUCGGCCACGCUCAGGAGGCCAAUCAGACACUGGUUGCCAUCGACUGGCAGCACCUGUGAUGUUUUUCUCGGCUCUGCCCCCUCACACUCAGAGAGACGGCCAGUGAUUGGUUGUCAGCAUUUACCCUGCCCCCUUUUUAAUAAUGAACCCUUCCCCUCGACCAGUCAGCUUCCUACAGCCCAGUGCUGAGCUCAGAUCAGCUUUCAGGGAUUUUUUCAGGACAUUUGGGUUUUUGGUUUCUGUCUGACCUCUGACCCUCUCUAUGUCUCAGUCCAAUCAGAGAGAGGCAGUAACACUGACUCCAGGACAGUUAGGAUCCUUUGGUUUAGAUGUUUUAGUUUAAAUUUCUUCACAUUAAUAGUUUUUUCUUUGACUUUCUGACUCUGUGGGAAAUCUGCAAAUCUUUAAAAAUCCACAUGGCGUUCUGCAGAAAGAAAAAAGGACUCGUUAACUCGUUAACAGAGAGCCAAAGUGAAGCGCCGGCCACUCGCAACUGUCACGUGCAGAUUGCUUGACAGAUGUUUUCAAACGAACCCAGCAGCUGAAAUACCUGAAAAUCUGUGUAAUCUUUGAUGUGACUCCUUCAGAUUUAAACCUUAUCUCAGGUCGUGGUUUCUCAUUGCAUGAUGGGAAAAAGUUCACCUGGUUUCAGACGCUGUCGUCCACACUCCGAUUGGUUCAGAGGUUCAGAAAAGGUCUGUUGCUUUGUUUCCACAGACGAGUGAAGUGUGAGGACAGUUUGUGAUGGACAUGAAACUGAAAAAAUCUGCUGCUUCAGUAAAAAGUCGCACGUACAAAGUACCUUUGGUCGGAAAAACUACAACUCCAAGGGUGCAUUUCAAUGACGGUCACAGAGCUUCGUAUUCCACAACGUUUGUAGCUUCCUUUUAUACUUUGUAGAAUCCUGAGAAAAUGUUCAGCAGUUUCAAUAGCAACAGCAGCUGAGGCUCAUGGGUAUCGUAGUAUCGAUACAAAAACCUGUAUGAACGCGUCAUGAUCCAGUCACACUGGGUGGAGCACGUCACUCCUCUGCAACACAUUUAGAGCUGCAUCAAAGAAAAGUUGAUUAAUCAAUUAGUGAAGCCACAGAAUUAAUCAGUAAAUAUUCUGAUACCAGAUUAAUUAUCUUAGUCAUAUUUCAAGCACGAAUACUAAACCACUUUUUCUUUUCGAGCUUCUCACAUGUGAAGAUUUGACAUUUUGUAGUCCUAGUAAACUGAAUCUCUUUGGGUUUUGGACUGUUGGUUGAAUAAAACAAGAUGUCUGAAUACAUCGCCUCAGGCUGCGAGAAACUAAUUUUCUGGUGUUUUACAGUUUGGAAGUAACCUGCACCAAAAAAAUCAGAAUCGGCUCUAAACAGACUGUUUCUUAUCAAAAAGCUGUACAGUAAAAAAAGAAAGUGAGACUUUCCCCUUAAAUCACUUAAAUCACAGUCUGUUUCCUCCUGAGUGCUGGACUGACCUGGAUAACCUGAGAGGCUCUCAGCUAUGACACUAAAGACCUUUGACUUCUAGAUAGACAAGACAUAACAGUUGAUUCAUAGACAAACCUUUGUUUGAUAUGGACAUUAUUUUUAAUUUAGGCUUUGACCAGGUAUUUUCACUCCCCCAGGUUUCAAUGCAAGAAACAAGAAUGUAAAAAAAAAACAAAAAAAAACUGAUGGCCCCUGCUGAUGUGUUUUAUUCUGAAAUGUCUUUUUUGAAGCUUUGGUUCAACUGCAUUUAUUGAUUAUUUUCUUUAUCGAUUAAUCUGCUGAUUUAAAACACCAAAAAACAAUGAUAGAUAUCCUUCACAAUAUGUCAGAGCACAAAGUGAUGUCACCAAGUCUCGUGUUUUGUCAAAUACUCAGUAAGAACAAGAAAGCAGAAAAUUCAUCUUUAAUCAGAACAUGUUUCAGAUUUCUGUUUAAAAUCAGACUUAAAAUGAUUAAUGGAUAAAUAAAACAGUUGACAGUUAGUUUUACUCCACUGGAUUCGUUGAUUCAUUGUUGACACUCUGUCAUGUACCAACAAAAUAGCAUCAGUUCCUCACAUUUGAGAAACUGAAACCAGCAAAUAUUUGUUGAAAAGUGACUAAAAGGAUUAUUUAGCUAUCAAAAUAGCUGCUGAUUAAUCUUCUGUGCACCAAUAAACUUUAUCCUGAAUUUAGUUUCCUGAGGUUCAGUUGAUUUUUCACUUUCCACGACAACAGAUUCCCAGAGUUCACGUGAAGCAUCGUGAAGUUUCAGACCCCACAUUUUAUUAAAAACAGCAAUAUUAAUAAGCAUAUAAAACAUGUUCUCUGUGUCUCAUUAGAAAGAGUUCAGGGUUGGAGCUUCAGCUGAGUAUUGAUCAGUUCUGCAACAUAUCAAACCACAUAUCAGAGCGGCGUAUUGAUUAGGAAUGAACGGCUGAUACCAGAGCAGUUUUUUUUUUUUUUUUAAACUUUUGUUUUAAUGUUUUAUUUAAAGAGGCUUUGGGUGUGUGUGCUUCAGGUGUUUGCUUGUUUGAAGAGCUGAGUGUUUUUUAUGGGUUUGAGUUUUGGCUGAAAUGUGAGGUGAGAGGCAAAUAGAAAUUUCCAGAUGAGAUUAAAGUGAGCAGAAACACAGAAAGCAGAAAUCUCCAUCAUUUACUUCACUUAUUGGUUUGUUUUUUCUUUAAACGAGUGAAAAACUUGGUUUGUUUCAAAGAUACAAAGUUUUUACACUUGUUUAAAAUAAAAACCAGAUUUUCAGACUGAUGAACAGAGAGAUAUUGUUUAUCUAUUAGUUGUUUUUUUUUAUUGAGGGUUACGUGAGGGUCUUGACAGCAUGUUGCCUCCUCACCACUGCAUCAUUUAUCACUUCUGACUUGUUAAUAUGUGAAUUCUUGUAUAAAUGAGGAAAUGUACAAUAUUGUAUAAGAAUUACAAAACCAAUAAAAACUUUA